AUGCUAGAGCCUGCUAUUGAAUCCCCACGAGAACCUCAUUUAUCGGAGGAGAUGAAACUGUAUGCGGAUUCAAAACUCUCGGAGGACUCUACAAUCUUUCCGCUGGUAUUGUUCGCACUCAUCUGCGAAAAAGUCAAUGACGGAGCGUUUCGUGGUCCUGCUCCAACUCAAGAGCAGAUCCCGAUCAAGGAACUAUCGUAG